CCGCGUUGCUAUGGUCGAUCCCAGGAUCCCUCGUGCCUUCGUCAUUUCCGCUUCCUCUUGAUUUCGUCCUUUUCCGGUCUCCUGCAAGAUGUCGAAGGCGGCGAAGAAACUGCCAAAGCAGACCAAGAAGGACAAGGAUCAGAACCCUAUGAGGGAGGUCCGGAUCCGGAAGCUAUGUCUUAAUAUUUGUGUUGGCGAAUCAGGUGACAGGCUGACACGAGCCGCAAAGGUGCUGGAACAGUUGACUGGUCAGCAGCCAGUGUUUUCCAAAGCUCGCUACACUGUGCGUUCCUUUGGCAUCAGGAGGAACGAAAAAAUUGCCGUCCACUGCACGGUCAGGGGACCCAAGGCUGAGGAGAUCCUAGAAAAGGGACUAAAGGUUAGAGAGUACGAGCUGCGGAAGGAGAACUUCUCAGACACCGGCAACUUUGGUUUCGGCAUCCAGGAGCACAUUGACUUGGGUAUCAAAUACGACCCCACCAUCGGUAUCUAUGGCCUGGACUUUUACGUAGUGUUGGGCCGCCCGGGCUUCAACGUAGCCCUGCGGAGACACAAGCGCGGAGUGAUCGGCUGUGGCCACAGGCUCUGCAAGGAGGAGGCCAUCAAGUGGUUCCAGCAAAAGUAUGAUGGCAUCAUCUUGCCAGGGAAGAGCAAGAAGUAAUGAUGCUAAAAUAAAAGGAUGUUUCAGAAAGGU